CAGCCUGAGCCCGCCCCGCCGCCAAGCGUCACCGAACCUGCUUGAAAUGCAGCCGAGGAGCCGGGGCGGGCGGCAGCGGCGGCGGCGGCGGCGGCGGGGGCAGCGGCAGACCCGGCGCCACGGCAAGGACUCGGAGAGCUGAGGCGCGGCGGCGGCUGCGGCGGCGCGGGGAGCGCGGGACCCUGCGGCCGGAGCCGGGGGCCCGCCAUGGGCCGCCCCGAGCGGGGCGCGCUCCGGCCGCUGGCGCUGCUGGCGCUGCUGCUGCUGCGGCUCCAGCAUCUCGCGGCGGCGGCGGCGGCGGCUGAUCCGCUGCUCGGCGGCCAAGGGCCGGCCAAGGAGUGCGAAGAGGACCAAUUCCGGUGCCGAAACGAGCGCUGCAUCCCCUCUGUGUGGAGAUGCGACGAGGACGAUGACUGCUCGGACCACAGCGACGAGGACGACUGCCCCAAGAAGACCUGUGCGGACAGUGACUUCACCUGUGACAACGGCCACUGUAUCCGUGAGCGGUGGAAGUGUGAUGGCGAGGAGGAGUGUCCUGACGGCUCCGAUGAGUCCGAGGCCACUUGCAGGGCUUGCAAGUGUAUGGAACAUCUGCAUCGCUUUUAUGGUAGCAAAUUUCAGAGACGAAAUAGCCCAUGUCUUGUGUUGCAGAGUGUUAACCAGCCCGGGGAUAGAGCCAAGCAGGUGUGUCCUGCAGAGAAGCUGAGCUGUGGACCCACCAGCCACAAGUGUGUACCUGCCUCGUGGCGCUGCGACGGGGAGAAGGACUGCGAGGGUGGAGCGGAUGAGGCCGGCUGUGCUGCCUCAGUGUGCGCCCCGCACGAGUUCCAGUGCGGCAACCGCUCGUGCCUGGCCGCCGUGUUCGUGUGCGACGGCGAUGAUGACUGCGGUGAUGGCAGCGACGAGCGCGGCUGUGCGGACCCGGCCUGCGGGCCCCGCGAGUUCCGCUGCGGUGGCGGCGCCUGCAUCCCGGAGCGCUGGGUCUGCGACCGCCAGUUCGACUGCGAGGACCGCUCGGACGAGGCCGCCGAGCUCUGCGGCCGCGCGGGCCCGGGGGCCACAUCCACGCCGGCCGCCUGCGUCCCCGCCGCCCAGUUCGCCUGCCGCAGCGGCGAGUGCGUGCACCUGGGCUGGCGCUGCGACGGCGACCGCGACUGCAAAGACAAGUCGGACGAGGCCGACUGCCCACUGGGCACCUGCCGUGGGGACGAGUUCCAGUGUGGGGAUGGGACAUGUGUCCUUGCAAUCAAGCACUGCAACCACGAGCAGGACUGUCCGGAUGGGAGUGACGAAGCUGGCUGCCUACAGGUUCCACCAACAUUCCUGGGAAACAGGAGGAGGCCCAGGGGGCUGAAUGAGUGUCUGCACAACAAUGGCGGCUGCUCACACAUCUGCACUGACCUCAAGAAUGGCUUUGAAUGCACAUGCCCAGCAGGCUUCCAGCUCCUGGACAAGAAGACCUGUGGCGACAUUGAUGAGUGCGAGGACCCAGAUGCCUGCAGCCAGAUCUGUGUCAAUUACAAGGGCUAUUUUAAGUGCGAGUGCUACCCUGGCUACGAGAUGGACCUACUGACCAAGAACUGCAAGGCUGCUGCUGGCAAGAGCCCAUCCCUAAUUUUCACCAAUCGGCACGAGGUACGGAAGAUUGACCUGGUGAAGCGGAACUACUCACGCCUCAUCCCCAUGCUCAAGAACGUCGUGGCACUAGAUGUGGAAGUUGCCACCAAUCGCAUCUAUUGGUGUGACCUCUCCUACCGUAAGAUCUAUAGCGCCUACAUGGACAAGGCCAGUGACCCGAAAGAGCAGGAGGUCCUCAUUGACGAGCAGCUACACUCUCCAGAGGGCCUGGCAGUGGACUGGGUCCACAGGCACAUCUACUGGACCGACUCGGGCAAUAAGACCAUCUCAGUGGCCACAGUUGAUGGUGGCCGCCGAUGCACUCUCUUCAGCCGUAACCUCAGUGAACCCCGAGCCAUCGCUGUUGACCCCCUGCGAGGGUUCAUGUAUUGGUCUGACUGGGGGUACCAGGCCAAGAUUGAGAAAUCUGGGCUCAACGGUGUGGACCGGCAAACACUGGUGUCAGACAAUAUUGAAUGGCCCAACGGAAUCACCCUGGAUCUGCUGAGCCAGCGCUUGUACUGGGUAGACUCCAAGCUGCACCAACUGUCCAGCAUUGACUUCAGUGGAGGCAACAGAAAGAGGCUGAUUUCCUCUGCUGACUUCCUGAGCCACCCUUUUGGGAUAGCUGUGUUUGAGGACAAGGUGUUCUGGACAGACCUGGAGAACGAGGCCAUUUUCAGUGCAAAUCGGCUCAAUGGCCUGGAAAUCUCCACCCUGGCUGAGAACCUCAAUAACCCACAUGACAUUGUUGUCUUCCAUGAGCUGAAGCAGCCAAGAGCUGCAGAUGCCUGUGAGCUGAGUGCCCAGCCUAAUGGAGGCUGUGAGUACCUGUGCCUUCCUGCUCCUCAGAUCUCCAGCCACUCUCCCAAGUACACGUGUGCCUGUCCUGACACAAUGUGGCUAGGUCCAGACAUGAAGAGGUGCUACCGAGCACCACAAUCUACCUCAACUACGACGUUAGCCUCUACCACGACGAGGACAGUACCUGCCACCGCAAGAGCCCCUGGGACCACCGUUCACAGCCCCACCUACCAGAACCACAGCACAGAGACACCAAGCCUGGCAGCUGCAGUCCCAAGCUCAGUUAGUGUCCCCAGGGCUCCCAGCAUCAGCCCGUCUACCCUAAGCCCUGCAACCAGCAACCACUCCCAGCACUAUGGAAAUGAAGACAAUAAGAUGGGCUCAACAGUCACUGCCGCUGUUAUCGGGAUCAUCGUGCCUAUAGUGGUGAUAGCCCUGCUGUGCAUGAGUGGCUACCUGAUCUGGAGAAACUGGAAGCGGAAGAACACCAAAAGCAUGAAUUUUGACAACCCAGUAUACAGGAAAACAACAGAGGAAGAAGAUGAAGAUGAGCUCCAUAUAGGGAGGACUGCUCAGAUUGGCCAUGUCUAUCCUGCAGCAAUCAGCAGCUUUGAUCGCCCACUGUGGGCAGAGCCCUGUCUUGGGGAGACCAGAGAACUGGAAGACCCAGCCCCUGCCCUCAAGGAGCUUUUUGUCUUGCCGGGGGAACCAAGGUCACAGCUGCACCAACUCCCGAAGAACCCUCUUUCCGAGCUGCCUGUCGUCAAGUGCAAGCGAGUGGCAUUAAGCCUUGAAGAUGAUGGACUACCCUGAGGAUGGGAUCACCCCCUUCGUGCCUCAUGGAAUUCAGUCCCACGCACUACACUCUGGAUGGUGUAUGACUGGAUGAAUGGGUUUCUAUAUAUGGGUCUGUGUGAGUGUGUGUAUAUGUGUGUGUGUGAUUUUUUUUAAAAUUUAUGUUGCGAAAAGGUAACCACAAAGUUAUGAUGAACUGCAAACAUCCAAAGGAUGUGAGAGUUUUUCUAUGUAUAAUGUUUUAUACACUUUUUAACUGGUUGCACUACCCAUGAGGAAUUCGUGGAAUGGCUACUGCUGAGUGACUAACAUGAUGCACAUAACCAAAUGGGGGCCAAUGGCACAGUACCUUACUCAUCAUUUAAAAACUGUCUUUACAGAAGAUGUUUAGUUGUGGGGGUUUAGGUUUGGGGGGAUUUGUUUUUUGUAAAUAAGAUGAUUAUGCUUUGUGGCUAUCCAUCAACAUAAGUAAAAAAAAACACUUCAACUCCUUCCCCCAUUUAGAUUAUUUAUUAACAUAUUUCAAAAAUCAGAUGAGUUCUAUAAUUUAGAGAAGUGAGAGUAUUUAUUUUUGGUAUGACUGGUCCACCACACAGACUCUGUGUGUGUAUAUGUGUGUGUUUAUAUGUGUAUGUGUGAGACAGAGAAAAAUCUGUAGAGAAGAGGCACACCUAUGGCUACUGUUCAAAUACAUCAAGAUAAAUUUACUUUAACACAGUCCACAAGGGGUAUAUCUUGUAGUUUUCAGAAAAGCCUUUGGAAAUCUGGCUCAGAAAAUAGAUACCAUGGUUUGUGCUAAUAGGUAGUGAAAAAGGCAAAUCUUUUCACCUCUGGCUACUCCUGAGACGCUGGUAAGUCAGGAACAGCCUUUCAGCUCACUCAUUGCUGCCCUGACUCCUACCUGGGCUUUCUUGUCUUUGGCAAAGGUCAGCAUACAGACAUUACAUGGUACCAGAACACUCAGAAACUCAAGACAGAAUAUGCCUCACCCUCAGCUACUCCUUGUUUUAAAGUUCAGCUCUUUGAGUAACUUCUUCAAUUUCUUUCAGGACACUUGGGUUGAAUUCAGUAAGUUUCCUCUGAAGCACCCUGCAGGGUGCCAUCCUUACAGAGCUAAGUGGAGACAUUUCCAGAACAGCCCAAAUUUACCAUAGAGACUGGCCCAGGCACUGAACGUCUGGGACAUGCUGUGGAUGAGGAUAAACAUGGUGGAAUAGGUUUUAUUACAUCUCUUAUUUCUCUUUUCCCCUUACCCUCUACCAUUUCCUUUAGUUGGGGAAACAUUUUAAAGUAAUAAAUAGGUUACUUACCAUCCUAUGUUCAUAUAGAUUAAACUAAUUUUUGGCUUAAAUCAGAACAAUUGGCCAAACCUGAAGUCCUAUUUGAGGGGGGAAAUGGCAUAUGCAAUAUUAUAGUAUAUUGGAUAUUUAUGUUCACACAGGAAUUUGGUUUACUGCUUUGUAAAUAAAAGGAAAAACUCUGGGUGUAUGUA